AUGAAACGCCAACUCAUGGAGCAGAGGGAAGAACAGACACCAAUCAGUGGGACCACUAUCAACAUGGACAACCCAGAGUCCAAGGAGGAGAGCACGGGAGUGUGCUGGCCAGGUGGGACCAUGAAGAAGAAUGAGUCAUCUCCACAGCCAGGGCCUGCCUUCCUCCCGGAGGACGACAUGUACUUGGAAGCCCGGGCACAUGGGAUGCUGGGCUGGAGCAGCUCUCUAUCAUCUCAGUCGUCCUCAGAGUACCAGUCUUAUUCUCAGUACCAGUCCUGGGCCUCCAGCAGGAGCGAAGAGCAGCAGGAUGCCCCACCCGAGAGUGUGUGUGCCCUGUACACCCACGUGCAGACCGUGCGUGGUGUGGCAGUGGCUUGGGAGACCGAUGAUGGCUUUGAGCCAGUCACCAGGAAGCCCCUUAUCCGCGAGGCUGAGUUCAUCAAGCGACAGCGGCUGAAAGGCUCCUCCUUCGAGAUGGCCUCCAAAACAGACCUGCGCUGGGAGCUGGAAGCCUGCCAGCACUACUGCCCACAGGCUGAGGACAAUGUGGACUGCUGCUUGCAAGAGCUGCGAGCACCACCAGACUGGCUGGUCACCACCAACCAUGGCCUGCGCUGCGUGGCCUGCUGCAGAGUCUUCCCCACGCUGGAGGCGCUGCUGGACCACGCCCAGCAUGGCAUCCGUGAUGGCUUCAGCUGCCAGAUAUUCUUCGAGGAGAUGCUGGAAAGGAAACGGGCCCGGGAUCAAAUGCAGGACCAACAGCCUGUAGAGGAGGAACAGAGCCCUUCAGAUAAUAGUGAAUGUUUCAAGUCCUGCGCCAAGGUGCCUUCCCAGCAGCAACAGCCCGAGCAGCAGCUGCAGCAGCCACAGCCGCCACAGCAGCCACAGCAGCAGCAACAGCCACAGCCGCCACCGCAGCAGCAGCAACAGCCACAAGCACAGCAGCAGCAGCCACAGAAACAGCCACAGCAGCAGAAGUCACAGCAGCAGCUGCAGGAGCAGAAGCAGCAGCAGCAAACACAGCAUCCACAGGGGAAGUAG